CGCGUACGUCCAAAUACAAUGGGCCGCAGACGGUGUACUGUAUGCGGCUCGAAACAAUGGCACAAGGAGCCCUCAAGUGGUAUGAUUGCAUGCAGCGAGGGUCAUAUUCUGCAGAAUUACCGACCAGAGUCUAACGAGGUCGAUGUGAUGGGGCCACACGCUGUGAAAAAGCGAACGAUAAAGAAGUCGAAGAGGUCGGCGAAAGAUAUGCCGGGCAAACAUGAUUCCACCCAUUAUUACGGCUCAAGAGGUCGAUAUCACUACUUCCAAUGCCUGCAGGUCAUUCUGAGGCAUCAAAUCACCACCCUGCACCAUCUCUGGAACUUACCUCCUGAAUUUGAGAUCGUUUGCCAGGAUGUAUGGGCUCUGCAUUUGAGCCUUCUACGGAAACCACUUCCGGAACCGCAUUUCGAUGACAACGAAACGGGACCAGCCGACGAUUUACCUGCGGGACCCGUCGAGGAUAACGAGUCGGAUGAAGACAAGGACCAGGAAAUGAAUGCUCUUCUGGCCGUCAACUCUGAAACGGAGUCUUCCUCAGGAGAAGAUGAGGCGACCGAUGGGCCCAAACCUGCCAUCGUUCCAGUGCGGAAACAGAAGAACCUGCACAAGCAUGACAAGCCGUUGAACACUAUAGCGGUACUCAUUCUAGCUUGCUGGAUGCUCCGUAUUCCCGUUCUGUAUCGUGAUCUCACAAGGUGCUUUCCGACCAGGAUCAGGGAAUGCGACUUUCCUUGACUGCAUCGCAGGUUGAUUGAAUCAUACGAUUUUCCGUAUCUGGAAGCGACCAGGCAUCUCCCUACGAGCAUGAGCACUCAUCUCUCUCGACACAUGAGGCAAGCGCUGUCGCCUUUAAAGUCACCGACUGCUUUGACCCUUCACCAGACGGCAUCAUCGCUCUCCAGACGAAUAUAUGCCAGCUUUGGUAUCCGAACGCCUGCAGCCAACGCUGCUCCCAUCCUGUGGCGGACCGUGUCUCAGUGCCUAGGCGGGACCGCAACAUUAUAUAGACUUUCGAAGCGACUGGCCGCUGUUCUAUCCUUACCCCUUGUGUUACACCGAUCCCUGGCCCCGAAACUGACCCAAUUCAAGGCCUGGGAUCCCGCCACCCACAGAUUUGACAGCGUUGCACCUGAAGUGGCCUUCCUCGCCACAUCAGUGAUUGUGCUAAAGAUGGUUUAUGGUUUGGACACGAAAACAAGAGCCGCUUGUGAUUCCGCAGAUCCGGCGGCCGACAUGCCCUGUGAAGAGGACUUUCUAGCUUUGCUCAAGAAGCUGGGCGAGGCGGAUGCGAGUUGUGCAGAUUUCGAUUCAACACGUAAGAUACACUUUGAAGAUCUGGACGUCGAUGCGAUAGACGACUAUCUCGCCUUCUGUGAUAGAGCGCUAUCCGGGCCCACCAAAGAACAAGAUGUUCUGGACAGAUUCUUCCCGCUGCAAGGCCUUUCGAAACCGGCCAGAAUCAUUGCACCGGUCAUGAGCCAGCCGAGAUUGGCGCUGGUUCGCGCAGAUCACCAAACUUUGCGACCGGGAGAGGAAUAUGCGUUGCAUCAUUCCGACAGUACAGAAGAAUGUUCUGCGCUGAUUGAGAGAGUGGCCACGUGGUCAGGGUUCGGGGAGCCUCACUUUUCCGCUGUUCUGCAGACAUACGAGCGUCAGCUUUGGCGAUGGUGGAAACAGACCCGUCGAGGUGAUCCCGAGGACGAAAAAGCGCAUUCACCUGAGGAAUAGAAUUUCCGAGAUCCCCAGAAUUUGUAGUAUCAAUUUGUAUCCCAGGAACGUGUGUCGUCUUUUGUCGCCG